AAUGCAAGUAUGAUGAGAGCUACAUUGAACUUGGAUUUACAUGGACUGGGGAUGCUGGAUAUCCUCAGCCGCAGUGUGUCCUAUGCGGUGAAGUUUUACCAAACAACAGUCUUAAACCGUCCCUUCUUCGCCAGCAUCUAGAGACUGAACACAAUCAAUUUAAAGACAAACCGGCUCAGUUUUUCAAUCGCAAACUGGAAGAGCUAAAAAGCAGUAAAAAAAUUCUGCCAUCGAAUUCUUGCAUGGAAUAUGUAAAUGCACUUCGAGCUUCAUAUUUCAUGAGUUACAGAGUGGCUAAAACAGGAGAACCACACACUAUUACAGAAGAUUUCCUUAUACCUGCUAUGAAGGCCGUGGUGAAGUGCAUGCUCGGUGAAAAAGCAGAAGAAAAACUUGAUUCCAUACCCCUCUCCAAUGACACUGUGUCACGCUGCAUUGCCGAUAUGGCUGAAAAUGUUCUUUCUCAGCUUGUGAAUCGCGUUAGAAACAGUGACUAUUAUUCUUUGCAAUUAGACAAGUCCACGGAUUUAGACAGCCUAGCUAAGCUUUUGGUUUAUGUUCGUUAUAUGUAUGAAAGUACCAUACAUGAAGACUUUCUCUUUUGUCAUUCCCUUUCUACCCAAACAACAGAAGAAGAGAUUUUUUUGCUGCUUGAUAACUUCAUGAGUGAGAAUAGAAUUGACUGGUCUCGCUGUGUAGGGAUUUCUACUGAUGGGGCAAAAUCGAUGAUGGGAAAGCACAGUGGAGUUGUGGUUCGCAUCAAGGCCGUAGCAACAGAAGCCACAUGGGUGUACUGCAGCAUCGAUAGAGAGGCCCUAGCUUCCCAAAAAAUGCCUGAAAACUUAAUGUCAGUGUUGUCUGAUGCUGUCAAAAUGGUUAACUUCAUUACGGGUCAGUGUCAAAAUUCAAGAAUUUUUGCUACACUGUGUGAUGAAAUGGGAAAUGACCAUUUGCCGCUACUAAUGCACACAGAGGUUCGCUGGCUGUCGCGUGGCAAAGUGCUGACACGACUCUUUGAGCUGCACAGUGAGCUUCAAGUUUUUUUCACUGACCACCUCCCCUUUGCACAGUCGUCUUGCUUGGAAGAUACUGCCUGGCUUCAGCGAUUAGCCUACUUGGCAGACAUUUUUUCUUGCCUCAACGAGCUCAGUUUAGGCCUUCAAGGCUUAAGCACCACUAUUUUCAAAACACAAGACAAAAUCGAAUCCAUGAUUAAGAAACUACUAUUUUGGGAUAGCUGCUUAAAGAGAAAUGAGAUUGACUCCUUUCCAACAUUGCAAGAGUUUCUUGCAGCAAAUGACAAUAUGGUGUUACAUGAGUGUGUGAAAGCUGACAUUAUGGAGCAUUUGCAACAACUUAGCAAACAACUUAGAAAAUAUUUCCCCAAAAUGGACAAUGCAAAUUCCUGGAUACGCAAUCCAUUUAAAGUGCCUUAGUCUCUCCCAAUCCCUCCUCUGCCAGUGCGUGAGCAGGAGAAACUUUUAGAUCUCUCUUGUGACAGUGGGCUUAAAUUAGAGUUCGAAUGCAAACCUUUGGCAGACUUCUGGGUGCAAAGGAUGGAAGAUUACCCAUACCUGUCAAAACUAGCUGUCAAGUUUCUGAUGCCCUUCUCCACAACAUACCUUUGUGAGACUGGAUUCUCUGCUCUCAUGGCGAUGGAGACAGAGUACCCUCAGAGAUUAAAUGCUGAAAAUGACUUGCGACUGAAGCUCUCUCCAAUUUUCCCUGCCAUCAGUGAUUUGUGUGAUAAAAAGCAAGGACAUCCAUCACACUGAUAGGACCUACACAGCUACAAUACACUGCAUACAAGGAGGAGGAGCAGGCAAAGAUUGGGAAGAAGAGACAGAAGAUGGAGAGAGUAGGAGAGCUGGGUUGGGGUGAAGGGAAGCUGGAGACAGUAGGGGGUGAAGGAGGAAGGGGAAUUAACUAGUGCAGACCAGCAUGUCCAUGUAGUUAUGGAGGUGUGCAGUGACUGAGGCUGCAGAAGAUCUUGUGGAGGGACUGGCCUCCCUGAGGCAGUUCACACAUCCUGACCAGCUCUGCCUCUGCCUGUUUGUCUCGCCCACUUUAUUGCUACUUCCCACCUGGAGACCCAGGCUGAUGAUAGUGACUAAGACUGAAGAUUGCAAUUCCUACUCCAGGGGAAGGAGACAUUCCAAGAUUAAAGGAAAGUCAGAAUAGGAACCAGGACCUAGCAGUGAUCAAACCAGUUUCUAAAUGAACCCAAAGCACAUCUCUGAAAGUCUCUUCCUUAUCCCUGCAUUUAGCUGGGAGCUGCAUUCCCAGAAUUGUGUUCUGCAAAAUGGUGGCCUCCUAAGCCACUUCAUUAUUUUGUUAAUUGUCAUUGACAGUUUAAUAACUUCUGAAGUUAUUUCAGCUUCCUAGCGACUGGAUGCCAUGACUAGAAUCCCCUUGUGCGCUAGUUUCCCUGCGUUAUGG